GACGGGAUGAGCUCUGAUCCGCCGAAGAUGAUUAUUAUAGCAUGGCAGUUUCGGGAUAGAGACAACGGCAGAUAAGAUACGGCUGCCUGUACGAAUGCUUAUAAACACCUUCAGCGCCAGCCAAAACGCCGUACAUAACGCCAUAAGCUCUGAGCUGCAAUACUGCAAACCUUCUUUCAUCUUCACUUGUAGAUUUCAAGAUGCUUUCUCUCCUACUUUCGAGCCACGAAGCCCUCUGGACUCUUGCAUUGGGGGGCUCUCUCAUUCCCUGUGCGGUUCUCCUGUCUUCUGUCCGGAAACAUGGACUCACGGCAGCAUUACUCCAUCCUUACAAUGCAAUAAAGAACUGGCUUACCUCUUGGCUGUUCCUCGUCGACGCUCCAAGACUGAUCCAAGAGGGAUACGAAAAGGCACAAGGGCGAUCUUAUACCGUUGACAGUCCGGAUGUUCGCUACCACCUGGUCACGGAUCCCAAGUUGAUCGACGAGAUUGACCGUGCCCCUAACGAUGUCCUGUCUCUGCAAGCUGCCGCGAAAGUCCUACUCCGUCCAGAGCACUCAAUGCACAAGUUCAGCUGGUUCGAGAAGAGAGGCAUCGACAACACACCCCUGCCCAAGACUGUGCGCACUCUGCUGCGAAAGGAGCUGCCCUCCAUUCUGCCCAAGACCCGAGUCAUCAACUCCAAGAUCAUGGAGACAAUGUUGAGCGGGCCCGGAAAGCAGCCCCAUAUCUCUCAAGUGGUUCGCGAAUGUGUUGCACAGACCUGCGCUAUUGGCUUCUUCGGCGAAGAGCUCGCCAACGACAAAGAAUUCAUGAAGGCCGCUGAGGACUUCAUCGACAGGACAGUCUAUAUUGCAGAGGCAGCCCGGAUUCUGCCGGGCUUCUUUGGAAGGCUGGUUGUUAAGUUUUUGGAGUCUUAUUUCUCAUCUCAACAUGUCCUCUUCAACGCGCUCGAGGCUGUUGCGCAGCGUAGAAUCGAAGAGCACGCUUUGGGAGCCCAAGGUCACGCCAUUCCUGAACACAAGGACUGUAUUCAGUACAUUAUGGAACUCACGAUGGACUCCAAGCCUUCGCAAUGUAUACUUACCGGACCAUGGGCAGCUGGCAGAAUCACCCACGAACUGAUGGCUCUCUGGUUUGGCGCCGUUCACACCAUGGCCAUGGUAACGACCUUCGCCAUCAGGGAUGCCUCGAUGAAUCCAGAGUAUCUUGAUGUUCUGCGAAGCGAGCUCGAAAGCCCAGCCUACGAGCAAUGGGAGGCCACCGGUGCCGGCAUGCCAUUCCUGGACAGCUUUCUGAAGGAAUCUGCGCGUCUGAACCCUCUCGACAAUGUGAGCACUCGCCGCAAGGCUUUACAGCCGAUGACAUUAUCCGAUGGCACACACGCAAAAGCUGGAGAAUGGUUCGCGACACCUCUUGCGGCUAUGCUGAAAGACGCCGGAAACUGGGCUGAACCCCUAGAGUUUCACGGUUUCCGUCACGUCGCUCCUGAACAUCUGGCAACCCUCGAGAACAACAGCCAGUUCUCGAGUCCUGAGCCGGAGAAGGCAGCCCUGCUUACCGACGUCUCGAAAUGGCAGACAUGGGGUACUGGUCGCAUGGCAUGGUAAGCUCGCAUAUGCUCUCGCAUCUCAUCGCUAGUGCUGACUUCACAAUACAGCCCCGGUCGAUUCUUCGCAACUGCUGGCAUCAAGCAGAUCUUCGGUCUGGUCAUUACCAAGUACGAUGUGGACAUUCUGGACAGGUGCGCGCCGCGCAAGUACAGCUGGCGGACGUGCAACGUGCCUCGCUCAGACCUGCCCAUCGUGCUCCAGCCGCGUGCGUCUGCGACAUGAUCGGUGGUUCUGUUCGCAUGCACC